AUGCUCGCAGGCCAGAGGAAUCAGCAGUUCACUUUGAGCAUGCGCCGUCGCAGUUCCAACUAUGACGGUCAUACCUUGAAGGACUGCGAACCGAGCUUCGAAGGCAAGACGAUCACAGAGUCUGAAGACCAGGGGAAACCAUGUGCAAGCCGCUUCAAUGUGGACAUGGUUUUGGACAUCCCGGCUCUGGCUGUGGCUUUCUUCAUGGCCCUGAUGCUCGCGCGAUUUCAGUUUGUCCCCAAGCUGGAAGACAAGGCUCGCCAGGCUUCGCAAGCUCUGAAAGCUUCGGCUUCGGAUUGGGCUGUGGAUGAGUUUGGGUGCACGGCGCUGCACCGAGCCGCAGACGAGGGCAACACUGUGGAGGUGGAGAGGCUCCUGCAGAGCGGCCUCGACAUCGAAGCGAAGGAGGCCUGGGAGGAGACUCCGCUGCACAUCGCUGCCCGCAAAGGCCACGCAGACUGUGUCGCAUGUCUCUUGGCAGCUGGAGCCAACUCCGAGGCCAUGGAUCUUGACGACCGCACGCCGCUGGUGCUGGCUGCAGAGGCCAAGCAGGAGGAGGUGUGUCGCAUGCUCCUCGACAGUGGUGCAGGUGUGGCUGGCUUGCCAGAUAAGGACCUUCCUCCAGUUCUGAACCAAAUUUUCCUUGAGCGCCUACUGACUCCUGUGAAGGAGACCUAG